UUGCUGCAAUAAUGACGCUGUAACACCUUCAGCUUCUCGCCCCAACCUUGGCCGAGGGGCUACUUACAACCGCAGCACCUCAACCCCGCCAUAAACGGUACAACACCUCAUGUACAACCGAUACACUACUACCUACCUACUUGUCUUUCUUUCGUUUUCUCAUGAGUCGACCCGAGCCAUAAAGAACUUCUCGCAGUCUCAUCUGCACAAUGGAAACACAAUGAUCUGAUAACGUUCCACCAACGGGCGCCACUUGGCUGGCUGCUCUACUUGAAACACAUCAUCAUCGCAAUCCUCAUCGCCUUCGCCUCUGCCUGCGAUUCCCACCAUACCAGAAUCACCUCAAAGCCAGACAUCAAAGACAACCAUGGAUCCGAGACCUCACGAAUACAUACUUGAGGUCUUUGCCGACCAAGCUUUUGUCAAGGACAUAGUCAAGGGCGUCCUACACACAAUCUUCUUCCAUCGAUACUUCCCACCCGUACAACCAGCUCUCUUCAGCCCCACUGCCGCCUCCGCCUCAACAACAUCAUCCUCAUCCUCAUCACCGUCUCUUCCCAUUCCGCUCCCACAAAUUCUCGACCCACCAGAAAUCUCCACCGCCAUAGACGCCCAUACUAGCUCACUUCUCUCACAAUUAAACUCGUCGUCAUCCAAUUCAGGCUACGGUGGCACACGAGGGGAGAUUGUGGUUCGAUUCUUCGAUCGCAAGCGGCGCAAGACUGGCAUUACAGGCGGGUGGCUGGGCCGCCUAGGUGGAGGACAGACUGACGAGGAAGUCUGUUGGGAAGAGUGGUGCGUUCAGGUUAUUCUGGCGAAGCCGCGCAGCGAAGCAGACCGGAUCAAAGUGCGCAGGGCGAUGGAGUCUUCUCUGACCAAGACUGCAGUGAAGAUUGUCAACAUUGUCAACAAGGAUAAGGACCAUAUCCCGCCUAUUACCACCAGCGAUCAGAAUCCUUUCCCUUAUCGCAUCGUUGUUAAUCCCAAACAGCAAGGCACAGUUGAACGGGGUUUUGGCGCUUGGAAUUGAUACCCCCGGCUUGCUAUAGUUGGUUCUCGAGGCACGGAAAUAUGCCUCUAUCAGGUCACGCCAUGGCAAAGGGAUAGUUCCAAUGUUCAUGUAACAAUACUACUCACGUGCACUACACUA